UCCUUUUCACAUUAGCUUAAGUUUAUGCAGUAAAUCAUCCAGGUGCAUUUGCAAAUUGGAAGUCAUGCUAAGGCUGUGGAGGAGAUAUUUUGGACUUAAUGAAAGGAUCAUCUGGGAGGAGGAUUAAACAGCAGAGGAACUUGUAGAAAGAUUUCAGGAGAUCAGUUCAAGAUUUUGUUGGCAAUGGAAGGGAAGGAGGAAAUAAAUGGGCGAAGGGGGAAAACCAAAGAAGAUACCUGGAGAACAGAAGAAUUGCUGAAGCAUAUUAAAGCUGCCCAAGGAGAUCAUCUGGAUGAUGGUGAUAAAAAGUCCAGAGCAAGGAAAAGACACGAGGAGGAGCCAGAGGAGCUUCGACAUAGGGAUAGGGACCGAGACAGGCAAAAGGAACGCCAUAUUGACAAAGUGCGAAGCAAAGAGAAAGAGAGUGAUUGGGACCAACAUAAAGACCUGGAACAUGAAAAAGUACGGAAAAGAGUUCAUGAUGAGGAACGAGAUAAAGACAGGAGAAAGAAAAAAGAAAAGGAAAGUGAGAAACAUAAACACAGGGAUAAAGACACUUAUCAAGAAGGAGAGAAACAUUCAGGGCGUAGAGUUCGUGACGAGGGUAAGGAAUGGGAUCUUAAUAUAGAGAGAUCUACAAAGCAGGGACAUGAACCUGAGAGGCACAGAGAUAAAGAAAGAGAUCGGAAAAAAGAACAAGACAAACACCGGGAAACUGGGAGAGAAAAUGAUGGAAAUGGAGAACAACGAUCUAAACAUAGGCAGAAAAAAGAUAAAGGGAAUUUGGAAUUGUCAAAACAUGAUAGAUAUGAAGAAAAUGAGAGAAGACACAGGGAGCGAAAAGAAAAGGAAGGGAGAACAAUUGAAGGUAACGAAGAUGGCAAAGAGAAGAAAAGAAGAUCUUCUGAUUUUAAAGAUGAUGAUUAUGAAUGGCGACACAGAGAACGCAAAGAGCAUGGUCUUCAUGACAGACAUCGGGAAAAGAGACACAAGGACAAACAAGAGCCCGGUUCAGAAGCCAGAGUUGAAGAAAUGGAAAGGAAACACAGAGAGAGAAAAGUCAAGGAAUCCAAAGAUGAUAAGAGAAAGCAUCAUUAUAAAGAUAUUAAGGACCUUGAUAGAGAGCACGAGGAGAGAGAUUUGGAAAGAAGGGAAGAUGGAGAGCGAAAACAUAAAUUAAAAAAAGGAAAGGAUGAACAAGAAAGUCAUGGAAAAUAUAUUAAGGAACAUUCUGGAAGGAGGAAAAGGGAACAAAGAUCUGUGCCUGAAUCUACAGUUGAAAGCAUAUUAAAGGGGAUUACAGGGGAUCAAGAAAAACUUGCAGUAACUCGCGCAGAAAAGACACAAUCUCAGGGUACAGGUAGACUUCAAUCAACAUGGCGGUCCAGUCAGGUCACAUUAAGCGAUGAUGAUUUGGUUGAAGGAGAGGAAAUUGUAGCAGAAAGCAGAACCACUUUUGAAUCAUCAAACUACGAAGAUGACUUUGAGGACUAUGAAGAUGACUUUGAGGAAGGGGAAUGUGAGGAGGAGGAAGAGGAAGGUGAGGAAGAAGGACAGGAAAAGGAGGUAAUUCCAGCACAACAGCGAGCUGAAAUUGAAGCAAUUCAAAAAGCAAUUACUGCAGAAAAUGAAAAGAUCAGUUCAACAUUGAUUAGAAGCAAUCAAAAGGCAUAUGAGGAAGAACCAAAAAAAGGUUUUGAAGAACCAAAGUCUAGAGUGCCUGUUCGUGGAACAUGCAUUGAUUUUGUGGCAGCAAAGCAGCGAGAGAUCAGUUCUAAGGUGGCCUAUAAGCAAAAAAAGCGCAGUUCCGAGCUUCUCAGAUUGAUUGACUUGGAUUUCUCGGUUCAUUUUUCAAUGUUUGAUCUACCUCCAUUGAAUGAGUAUGAUGUAUACAUCAAAAGCUUUGGGCGCAGUAACACUAAACAGGCCUUUGUUCAGAGCAAUGAGGAUGAUGUAGACCGAGAUGUCCAAACAGACGAGAUUGAAACAGUUGAUAAAUGGACGCAGCAUCCUGGAGAGGGUGUCCUGGUGUGUGGAGGGGCAAAUGUUGGUGAUGCCUUUUCCUCUGAUUCAUCAAUUAAGAAUAUUGACUCUCGGAGACUGAUCAAUUUCCUAAGAUCAGCUUGUCAGGUAAUUGCGGUGUUGCUUGAAGAAGAUCAAGCAGAGGACCAAGCCAGCAGUAACAUUCAAUCAAAAGCAGCCAGUUUGUCAGUCAGUGACAGAUGCUCUCAGCUGAAUACAAACUUGCCUUUUUUACAUGGUCGAGAGGUGUUAUCCUUAUAUUUCUCACGGGUUCAAAGGCAAACACUGCUUUCAGUUCACAGUCUUCCUAAAGAGUCUGCAAUGGUUCAAGUCGCCAACUGUUGCAUAAUCUGUGUUUGGAAUAUUUGGGAACCAUCAUUUCCUCAGAAAGUCCUUAUCUGUGAAUCAGAGGUGCAAUCUUGUUGCUUUGGCCCAGGUAAUGUGUUAUCUGUGUUUGCUGGAACAGCAGAUGGUUCAGUAGUGGCUUGGGAUCUUCGGGAAUGUUCCAGUAUCCACCACAAUCUUCAGAUUGGAGGACAGGAAUGGACACUCAGAUUACCAACUUUCACCACUGAUGGAAUUCUGACAGCUACAAAUCACGCAUGUGCAGUUAAGGCUAUUGAUCCAGUAUCAUCGGCUUCCUAUGAUGAUUAUGUUGGGCUUUCACUUUUGACAUCCCAGCAAGGAAGUUCUGGACUAACAUUUCAGUUGGCAUCACUGGAUGAAAGUGGUUUGGUUAAUCUGUGGGUUGUGGUUGAACUACAAAAGGCAGAUGUUGCUGGCUCUCUGACUGAUUUAGGACUGAUCCCUGGUGGGAAGAUGAAGUUGAUCCACAGCUCUUCUAUUGAUGUUAUCAGCUUUUUCCCAAGAAAUUUCAUACAAUUAGGACGUCCUCGGACUCUGAAUAUCAAGUUUCUGCCAUCAGAUCCUAAUCACUUCUUUAUUGGAACUGAUAUUGGUCUUGUGGGCCAUGGUACACGUCACGGCCUUCCAGCAUCUCCUAGACUAUACAAACCUCAGACUAAUAAUGCCAGAUUUGCUCAAGUCACCUGUAUUGACUUGUGUCACUUUGGAAAAACACUGUUCUUGGUUGGGUGUUCAGAUGGAACAAUUAGACUGCACUCGGUGACAAAUGAGUGCCCUAUUCUGCAGUGGAAUGACAGUACUCAGGCCAGUCCAAUCCAGAACGUGCUGUGGGCUUUAACACGACCUGGAAUGUUUUUUGUCCUUGAUGCAGCAUCACAUGUGUAUGUGUGGGACUUGUUGCAAGACGUUUCUAAACCAGUUGCAGAGGAGAAUCUUCAGCAUGAUAGAAUUGCAGCCAUGGCCAUCCUAGGUGAUCCAGAGAAACCUACUGCAUCUUCAGGUCUCAUGUUGGCGAAGCGGUCUGGAGCAAUUGAGAUGCAAUACCUACAGAAGAAAUGGUCAGAACCUCAUCUCAAUGAAUUAGAAACGUUGCACUAUCUUUUGCAGAAAACUGUAUAACUGUAUACAAACAAUGGAAGGAAAUAUAUCAUUUCAUUGAAUGGUAAGCAUUUCUCCAGUUGGUUUGUAAAUGUAAAAAUUAUAGAUUUUUGUACAAGUUAUUUAUAAACAUUUUUAUUAUAGUAAAUAUCAAAUAAAAUUAUAAAGUACUU